CAGAAGAGUUAAGCUGAGAACGAACAGAAAGAUGGAUCGCUGCCAUUAGCCGCGACGACAUCACUUCGAAGGAUGUCCUUAGUAAUGAAAGAAUCUGUGAACAACACGUCGUGUCAGGACAAUCCGCAAAACCUUGGGAUAAGUACAACGCCGACUGGGUUCCUACUUUGACUCGCAGGAAGACAAAAUAUCGACAGGAAAACUACGAAAUUAAAGAGGAAGAAGGACUUUGAAAUGGGGACUGGAGCUUCAAAAACUGGGAAGCCAAACGAUGAGAACACUGAUGGACAAAAGAUGGUGUUACAAAUCAUAAACAAGUGCGUAAAAAACGAUGGGUCGAAAGUUAAGCCAUCUCCUAGCGUGGAGCUGGAGGUUGAUAUUCGAGACAUGGCCUCUCCCGAUAUCAAUGUUAUGUUCAUCUGUAGUGAGUGGGGCUCUACAAAGGGAGGUCUCUCUACUUUCAAUAGAAAGCUGGCCGUGAAUCUAGCGAAAGUACCAAACGAAAGAAUCAAGGUUCACUGCUACGUAUCUGAAAGCAGUGAGGCGGACAGGCGCGAUGCAAGCAGUAAAGGAGUGAAUCUCAUUACUGCUGAACGCUCUCCGGGAUCUAGUGGUCCGUUGGACUGGCUAAAAACUCCGCCGCCAGAUCUAAAGCUAGAUAUCGUAGUAGCUCACGGCAGAAAAUUUGGUAGUGCCGCUUAUUUCAUUCAAAAGAUCACAAACUGCCGUUGGAUACAAUUCGUGCAUGUCUAUUGCGAAGCACUCGGAAAAUACAAAUUAGAAUCCGGCUUCACGGGAGAUGCAAUUGCAGAUAACGAAGAGAAGAAUCGACGAGAACUAGAGCUCUGCAAAGCAUCCAAUUUAGUCGUUGCAGUAGGCUCUCUAUUACAAAGAAAAUAUCAAAGAAGCUUGCCAGAUAUCAAGGUAGAAGUUAUUACUCCAGGGAUUUUCGAAGAGUAUACUAAUCUGACUGCAACGCAAUCCGUGCGUAAAUUAACAGAGGAAGAGUUUAGCAUCUUUAUUUUUGGUCGUGGAAGCUUUGAGGACUUUGCUCUUAAAGGGUAUGAUAUAAUUGGAAAGGCUGUGGCUUCACUGGAAAGAAAAUUCGAGCUCACAUUUGUCGGUGCAAGACAAGAUGAACCACGGAAGAUAGAAGAGUGGCUCCUAGAGGAAACGAAUAUAUCGCGCAACCAGUUAACCAUUCGUGGAUUCUGCAAUCAUGAAGAAAUGAAGAGGAUGUUACGUGAAGCGGACUUAGUAGUCAUGCCAUCUCGCACGGAGGGCUUUGGUCUAGUUGCGCUGGAGACUAUAUCAGCUGGUGUGCCUGUUCUUGUCUCCAGUGAAACUGGAAUAGCCAAAGCCCUCCUAGACUUGGAAGAUGGUAUGUCUGUGGUUGUUGAAUCAGAGAAAUCAGAGGAGUGGGCCAACAGAAUCCUUCGGUUGUCAGAACAGACAGUAGAAGACAGACAUACCAAUGCCUUGCAGCUAAGAGAUCAAUAUAACAAGAGGUAUUCGUGGGAGAAAGAAUGCAAGAGAUUCGCGAAGAUGAUCCUAGACUUGGUGGAAAGUGCUCAAAAUGAACUUCCCUUAAAUAUUUGUUUGACAGGGAACACAACUCUGAGGAAUGCUCUGAAAACACUCAGAGCAGAUAACAUACAAGCUCCCAAAAAUGAAGAUGGGGGGCAGUUAAAUGGAGCUCAAAGCUCUUUAAAUAUAACCGCAGAACAAACAUUUGAAAAAGCCAAGAAAGGACCAAGAAAAGCAUCAGACACUUGUGAUAAAACAGCAGAGCAUACAUGUACAACAGAAAGAAAGCCACCUGGGCAGGGGGCAGUUUCCUGUGUAGACAAUGUAAAGAGAGGAAAGGAAAAAGACCAAUCAGCAGAUCCGGAGACUUCAAAUGAAACAAGAGAACAAAGACAGGGAAACAUGGAAGAAGUGCAAACAGCAGGGAACACUACGCUAAAAGAUGCGGAUGUUCCUCAAGCAGGUCCUACUACGAGUGACAAAAAAGUUCCCAAAGAUGAGAAUGGACAGCAGUCUAAUACAGGUGCAACUUCUGCGAACCAAAACAAGGACGCAAGUGUUGAUCAGCUUCGCUUUGCGGCAAGAAGAGGAGAUGUCUCCGAAAUUGAAUCCCUACUUUCUCGUGGACUUUGUGUUGACUCUAGAAAUAUUUCUAAGCAGACGCCACUAAUGUAUGCUGCUGUGCAUGGCAAGGUAGAGGCGGUGCAGUGUCUGAUCAGUAAAGGAGCUGAUCCGGAUUCACGAGACAACAGAGGACGGAAUUCAUUACAUUGUGCAUCAUAUGGAGGUGGCGUUGGUGUCAUUGAGCUGCUGGUCAGUCACUUGACUGAUAAUGAGCCAAGAGGUACCUCGGGUGAGACGCCGUUAAUGAUAGCUGCUAAAAUGGGUCAGGUAAAGGCGGUACAGUAUCUGAUCAGUAAAGGAGCUGAUCCAGCUUCAUCAGACUACUCUGGAUGGAAUUCGUUACAUUGGGCCUCAAAUAGGGGUCAGGUUGAUGUAAUUGAGCUGCUGGUCAGUCACAUGACUGAUGUUGAGCCAAGAGGUGACCUGGGUGAGACGCCGGUAAUGGUAGCUGCUCGUAUGGGUCAGGUAAUGGCAGUACAGUAUCUGAUCAGUAAAGGAGCUGAUCCGGCUUCAACAGACGACUCCGGAUGGAAUUCGUUACAUUGGGCCUCACGGGGUGAUCACGUUGAUGUUAUUGAGCUACUGGUCAGUCACAUGGCUGAUACUGAGCUAAGAAAUGGCUUAGGUGAGACGCCGCUAAUGGUAGCUGCUAAGGAAGGUAAGGUAGAGGCGGUGCAGUGUCUGAUCAGUAAAGGAGCUAAUCCAGCUUUACGAGACAAAAGUGGACGGAAUUCGUUACAUUUGGCCUCAUAUGAUGAUCACAUUGAUGUCAUUGAGCUGCUGGUCAGUCACAUGAGUGACGUUGACUCAAGAGGUCUCUUGGGUCAGACACCACUAAUGGUAGCUGCUAAGGAGGGUAAGGUAGAGGCGGUACAGUGUCUGAUUAGUAAGGGAGCUAAUCCGACCUCAUCAGACGACUCUGGACGGAAUUCGUUACAUUGGGCCACGGUCAAAGGCAACAAAGACAUUAUUGACAUAUUACUUUCUUAUGGUGUUGAUAUUGAGUCCAAAACCGAAGAUGGUUUGACUCCACUUAUGAUGGCACGACGCCAUGGACUUGAAGGGACAGUGAGAUAUCUUCUUAAGAAAGGAGCCGAGUCUCCAAGUCUGAAUAAAGGAGAAUCAGACAAGUUUUCCUUUACGCAUGCUCAGUGAAGUUAGAGCUUCUCGAGUUGUCUCACACUGUUGUAGAUGCCGAUCGCGAAUAGUUAAAAUAUGUGACCUUGUACCCAGGGCUUUUCCCUCUUUAUGAAAUCGGGGAAAGCUCUGGGAAUGACUUGAAUGAUUGUUUUGAUGGAAACCUUAUGUUGGUACAGUUUCCUAAGGUAAUAUAAAAUGAUAGGCUCUAUCGAGUGUGUAGAAAGUGACAGGUACAGUUUUACCUUCCUCACUGUGUGGAGAAGGCAAUAUUAUGCUAAUUUAUAUUCUAAGAGUAUAUACUACUUAGUAUAUACUUAGAGAACUUUUAUGUAGAAACUUUGUCUUUCAUUAUCAAAGUAAAUGUUAGUUGGACAGAAACUGAUAUCGGAGAAUACGUUUUAAGUUUUCUUUGAUCAGUUUGGAAUUUAUGGACAGAUGUUUCUGUGAAAACUGAUACAGUGCAUUUCGAAAUUAUUACAUUUUUGUUAGUAGAGGAAAGUAGAUGUAAUUAUUUUUAUGGGUAUUUGCAUAAAUUAGUUCACGUUUAAAAAAUUCAGCAAAAAGUAGUUUCAUCUAGAAACAAACUGAGGGUCUUCACAUUUUGUAUUUUGGACAGUUUUUAUUCAUCCCAUUUUGAAAUAUUUUGUAAAUAAUUUUUGAGUAUGUGAUGAGAGUUUAGAUUACCUCAAUAAUUGAUUGUAAGCAAAAUUAUCAUAGCAUUACCAAACUCAGUAUUUUUAUGCAGAAUUUCAAAGUUGUGUUUAUUGUUUUUGGGACUGAAGUUAAACUUACCUGAACUAGGCUACCACACAUUGAAGUUGCUGUAUUUCAAAGCUGUAUUUCGUGUGAUUAAGCUUUAGGAGAUCAAGUUUGGCCUGUGAAAAUUGUAGAACAUAAUGACUGUGAUACAGUUAUACCUGACAUCAGUUUUGUAUUGAAAGAACGAUCUUUGUGACUUUCCCUUGGUGAAAUAUUUUAGA